AUGGGGGAUCUUGUGGUUGGAUUGGCGAAGUCGGUGGUGGAGGGGGUACUAACCAAGGCCCAGUCGGCUAUUGAGGAAGAGUCAAAGCUGCGGCAGAGUGCACAGAGGGACCUUGUGUUCAUCACAGGUGAAUUUGAGAUGAUGCACUCCUUUCUCAACGUCGCCAAUGAAGAGCGUGCCAAGAACAACGUGGUGAGGACAUGGGUGAGGCAGGUCCGUGACCUAGCCUACGAUGUGGAGGAUUGCAUUGAGUUUGUUGUUCACUUGGAUAACCGGCCCCACUGGUGGCGCCGCUUCAUACCAUCAUGUAUGGCAGCAUUGGCGCUACCCAUAGAUGCAGUAGUCACCGAGAUAGAGCAGAUCAAGGCCAGGGUCGAGGAUGUUAGCAAGAGGAACUCGCGCUACAGCCUCAUCAGUGACUCUGGAUCCAAACCAGUCAUGCAGCAACAACCCACAACCAGCCCUGCUAAUGGCGCAACAGCACGUGACAUGUUUGCUGAGGCAAGGGACACCACAAAAAAGCAGCAAGGCAUAGGGGAUCUCACACAGUUGAUCACCAAAGAAAAUAGUGAUCUUGGAGUGAUCUCGGUGUGGGGGAUAGGUGGUGAUCUUGGUAGGACAUCCAUCAUAAGGAAAGCCUACCAAGAUCCAGAAAUCUGCCAAAACUUUGGAUGCCGUGGCUGGAUCAGGUUGACAUAUCCUUUCAAUCCCCACAAAUUCCAGCAGAGCUUAGUGACUCAGUUCUACACAAAUUCUUGCUUACAACAAGGAACCACUGUAGAUGUAGCUGAACUGAAAAGGAUGGAGAGAACAGGAGCAAAGCAAGGAGGGCUCCUUGAAGAAGUCAUGAAGCAAGCGAAUGAGAAGAGGUACCUAAUCGUCCUGGAAAAUGUGUGCACAAUGGGAGAGUGGGAUGCCAUCAGGGCAUGCCUACCCGAUAGGCAGAAGGGCAACUGGAUUAUCGUGUCAACAGAGAAACGAGAAAUCGCAAGCUUGUGUAUUGGACACUCGUACCAAGUGUUGGAGCUUAAACAGUACUCAGCCGAGCACCCUGUAUGUGUGUUCUUCAAGGAGGGUCCUCAGGGCAAGGAGACUGGAAGAGUAAUGUCAAGCAACAAUGAGAAAUUAAUGGAGGAUGAAGUGAAUCACGGGGCAGGUCUUACUUCCUAUCACAGAAUUCCAACCUCAAGAAAGGCUGUAGCCAGUAGCUGGUUUGACCAGUUUAGCCUUGUUGGACGUGAAUCACAAAUGAACGAACUUCGUAACUUUCAGACCACAGCACGUUUCAAUGAUUGGCAAGUGAUGUCUGUGUGGGGGAUAGCAGGUGUUGGGAAAUCAGUUCUAGUCAGAAAUUUGUAUUAUGAAAGAAUGCUUCAAAAGGACCCAAUAUUUGACAAGUAUGGUUGGGUUCUGGUGUCCCAUCCAUUCAAUCUGAGGGACUUCUCUCGGAGCUUACUUUUGGAUUUUCAUUCAAAACCUAUUGAAGACUUGGGAAUCGAAGACCCUAUUCAGGAAUGCCAUAAGCUUCUAAAAGAACAUCCGUGUCUUGUUGUUAUUGAUGAUGUACAGUCUACAGAAGAAUGGGAUUUAAUACAACCUUCCCUGGUAUCUAGACAUUCCAAGAGUGUUAUCAUUGUCAUCACAACUGAAGAAAGCAUUGCCACAUAUUGUGCAGACAAUGAAGAGGUUGUGUUUAACGUGAAGGGCCUAGAAGCUCAAGCAUCCUUUGAUCUCUUCAGAAAAGAGGUACAAAAUAAAAACCAGGCAUCACCUCUAAAGAAUUCAGAUGACAAAGAGCUAGAACAACUUAUUGUGAAGUGUGGUAGACUUCCUAAAGUAAUAGUUGCUGUAGCCAAGUUUUUGGCACCCAAGACAGUCACAUGUAUGGAGAGCACUAGAACGCUUAAUCGCAGAUUUAUGCACGAGCUUGAGAGCAACCCUGAGUUUCGUGGUCUGAGAGAUCUGUUUGGUUGGAUGCAUUCCUACUUCCGUACAUGCCCAGAUUUCCUAAGGCCAUGUAUAUUCUAUAUGUCAAUAUUCCCUGGGUCCCAAAUCAUUCGGCGGAGGCGUUUGGUGAUGCGAUGGGUUGCUGAGGGCUACUCUAGGGACACUAAAGACACUACUGCAGAGGAGAAAGGGGAGAUCCUCUUCUCAAUGCUCGUCAACCUGAGCAUGAUCCAGCCACCAAUGUGCAAAGCCAUCACACACAUGAGAAUGAUCCAAUGCCAAGUCAGUGCUUUCUUCCACGAAUACAUCAUCUCACGUCCAGACGAAGAGAAUAUUAUAUUUGCACUGGAGGUCUUUGCACUGAAGGGGCGUUGCCUUCCAACCACCCAGCGCACAGGACGCCACCUUGUAAUAGAGAGCAGCUGGGACAGAGACAGGAUUGUGUUUGAAAGCAUUGAUUUUUCACGUCUACGGUCAUUAACAGUGUUUGGGGAGUGGGAAUCAUUCUUCAUCUCUAAUAGUAUGAAGGUGCUUCGAGUGCUCGAUCUGGAGAAUGCAACAGGUGUGACAGAUAAAGACCUCAAGCUAAUGGUGAAGCUUCUUCCUCGCCUCAAGUUUCUAUCUCUGCGAGGAAGCAGUGGGAUCCGCCAUCUGCCGAGCUCAUUGGGUGAGUUACGGCAGCUUGAGACUCUGGAUGUCAGGCAUACCUCCAUAGUUACCUUGCCAGCAUCUAUCACCAAGUUAAAGAAACUGCAGUACAUCCGUGCUGGCACAACUUUCCCAGCAGGGGAACCAUCAACACCAUGCAGAUCUCAUCAAUUAGUUGGUGUUGAGGUGCCAGUAGGUAUUGACAAGCUGACUGCUUUGCACACGCUUGGUGUUGUCAAUGCUGGUCUUGCAGGGGGCAAAGACUCCCUCAAAGAGCUCAAGAAGAUUACCCAAUUGCGCAAGCUUGGAGUGUUUGGUGUCAACAAGAAAAACUGCAUGGAAUUCUGUGCUGCCAUCGCAUGCCAUGUCCGUCUGGAAUCCUUGUCAGUGUGGCUCAGCAAGGGCAAUGAAGAAUGUUUGGAUGACAUUUCCUUGCAUCUGGAGAAGCCUCUAGAGAAAAUUCAGCAGCAGCCCCAGGGGAAGGGUCUGGGGAAGACUCAGCAAAGGCCUCAGCAUAAGCCCCAGGAGAAGCCUCACCAGAAGACUCAGGGGAAACCUCUAGGGAACCUUCAGAGCCUUAAGCUAUGUGGUCUUGUAAAACAAGUGCCAUCAUGGAUCAAAGAUCUUCCCAAACUCACAAAGCUGGAACUGGAGAUAACCAUGUCAGAAGAAGUUGAAGUAAUUAAUGUUCUUGGGGAAAUAAAAGAAUUAUGUAUUCUACGUCUUUGUGUCAAGCCACAUCAUGGUGCUGAUGGCAAGCUUGAUUUUUGUGUCUGGGUGAAUGGAAUACAGCAGCGCUGCUAUUUAAACCUCAAGAUCCUCGAGAUUACUUGCAGCUCAAAGUUAAAUGUAUCCUUUGGAUCAGAAGCAAUGCAAAAUCUUGAGCUGCUGACAGCUCGCUGCUGUAGUGGGUCAACAUUGAAGUUUAUGGAGAUAAAGAAUCUAUCUAAACAAAAACUCAAGGAAGCCCGGCUUAUCGGUUCCCAUGACACUGCACUCAAGGAUGACAUUGAGAAGCAACUGGAGGAGCAUCCAAGGAAUCCUCCUUUGAAGCUGGAGGAACUGGAAGGAUGCUGA